GGUAGUGAUGGUGAAGGUGUGGUGGCGAUAGUGAGUGUUAUCCUCCGCUCCUCAAUCUCUGUAUGACACGUCUACAGAGAAGAGAAGAAGAAGUGAAAAGCUAAAUGAAAACAAGUGAGUUCAGUGUAUAAGAAAAGAAAACGAAGAUAAAGAGACUGUGCGUGAAAGAGAACACAAACCAGAAACCAAAAACGAGAAGUGAAAUUAAGACCAAAAACUGAAAACAGAAAACAGACAAAAUAAAACAAAGGAAAAGAAGUAAAAUUUUGACCUGAAACCAAACAGCACCGCCAAAUAAUGAAGCGUUAACAGAAGCGCCUUACAACGGAACACGAAACAGAAACCAGAAACCAAAAGAAGUGAAGUGAAGGGAUAAAGGAAAGAGUUAGUGAUGAUGAAGGGAAGACAUGAGUGAAGGGAUGGCUUACAAUGAAGGACCCUUAAAGCAACGUGACAAAUAGAUGAUGGGCGCCGUUACUGAAGGGAAGAGGACUUGCUGAAGGGAAGCAUAGAGAAAAGAAACACAUAACAUCCCUUCAUCUUUAUUUUUCUCUCCCUUUUUUUCCCCUCCUUUCCUUCUCUCACACUCCCUCUUUCCGAAGCCACUACCCUUCUUUCCUUUCUACUACUACUACCAACCCUUGAAAAAAAACAUCUUAUACCUUGUCCAUCAAAUCAAACCUACUACAGCCACUCACCAUCCCUACUACUACUACUACUACUACUACUACUACUACUACUCCUGCCCCGCCGCCAUGACAAGAUGGAACGGGACAGACGAGGCUUGCGUCUGUCUGCUGCCGGCGGAGUGCUUACUGUCCUUACCUUCGUUGCCGCUAUCGCCGCCGCCGCCGCACCCAACUGGGCCAAUUUUGCGGGUGGCAUGUCGGGUUCCUUCGGGCCGUGGCAGGUGUGUCAGGGCGACGUGUACGUGACCUGCACAUCCUACUCCUCCAGGUUCCAGAGCUCAUGGAUGACCAAGGUUGCCGGCAUUGGGUCCGCCGCCGCCGCCGCGCUGCUGGCCGUGGCGGCGUUCAUGUGCCCGCUACUGGUGAUGAUGCACUUGUCUUCCGUCAAGGUGCUCAUCAAAUUCAGACACGCUACGCUGGCCAAGGUGGUGUGCAUAGGAGCGUCAGUUCUCUGCGGGCUGGUGAGUCUGCUGUUCUUCGUCAUCGAGGUGUUCAUCUCCAAGACCGGCAUCAGUUUCGGCGUCGCUAUCAAUCUCAGCUGGGCCUUCUACUUGCAGGGUCUGAGCGUGCUCCUCGGCGUCGUGGCGGGCGUGGGCGCCGGCAUCGAGUUCGGAUGGGGGAGGAAGCUCGGCGGGGACCCGACGGUGUACGGGCGGGACCCUGAGGGCACGGCGGCCACCACCAUCUCCAACCCGAGCUUCAGGGACACGCGGAACGGCCACGCCAAGACGGGCAACCACGCCAAGACGGGCAGCCACGCAGGCCACGGAGGCCACCGCUCAAGCGGCCGCGUCCACCGCAACGCCAACGGGGUGGCCAUGACGCACUUCAGCGGCCAGCCCUACAUGCUCCCGGCCAACGGCACCAACGGCCACACGGCGCGCACCAACGGCGGCAUGAAGCUGGCCUUUGACCCCAACAGGACGCCGCUGAGGUCAUCCCUGAGGAAGCCCAAACCCGCGCCGCCAGAGGACGCCCCGGACGCCUCCCUCGGCAUCCCGAACUUGGCCUACACGCAGUCCAGUCCGCCCGCCAAGAAGAAGGUCCGCAUCCACACUCAGUCCACCUCCGUGUAGCGUGGCGUGGCCCUCCCGUGACCUGGGACCACCUGGGAAUCUUCCUGGCCACCUGAGGACCUUCCGGGCCAACUGGAGACCUUCCGAGCCACCUGGAGACCCUCCUGGCUGGCUCUGCACGUGUCAUGGCCGGCUGGUGACUCACUGAGGCCUGGAAACCUUUAUAGCAAGUUGUGGAUCCGUCUGGCCGGCCACACACUCUUGCCAGGUGGUGUUUAUCGACCAAUCAAAAGUCUUUCUGCCCUAAACUUGACUAAUCUUACCUGCUGGGAAGGUUUGUGGCCAGACGAGGAUUCUGUCUGGCCAGCUUGAAAAUGUUGGCCAGUUGGUGACUUAAUAAUCUCACUGGCGACGCCUCCUGACUCAGCCAAGCAGCAGCAGCAGCUUGCUAGUCGGUGGCACUCGUGGUUGUCUCGCUGGCACGCCCCUUCCCUUAGUGCCACAGUGCCAGUGAGUGUUGAGUGCCUUACCUUGUGAGUCGUGUGCCAGAGUGGAUGAACCCUCGUUGGCCUCUCCCGCGGCACCUCAGACUGGGAAACGAAGGAAAGGUGUGUGAUGUGCACCUGGGAGACGUGGGAGUGCGUUUGGCUACCUGGGAUGAAGAGGAGGGGAAGGAAUGCAGGUGUACAGUGGCAGACACGAACUGGGUGACUUUCCUGCCGUGAUGGAGAUGUGAAAAGCUGGAAAAAAAAACACAUGAACAUACACCAACACGUCCACACAUUCCUCCUCCUCCUCCCCUCCCUGCUCCUCUUCCUCCUACCCGAUCUGGAUGACCAAUGAUGGAGGAAGUAAGCGACACUUUCAUGUGAAGGUUUUGUGUCUCAGAGGUUCUUUCUUUGUAUAUUCUGUUAUAAACUCACUACCCAUGUGAUGACUCUUCCCGCGCUCGACACACGCCCGGUUUUGUGUACAUUAUGAAGGCCCCAGCAAGUCUAAGGCCUGGCUGGGGGCUGUGACGUGGAGGAAAAUGUUGCAGAAAUCUUUAUAUUUAUCUCAUAUCCUUUAUCUAGCAUUUAGGUGUUGAUAUACUUUUUAUUCCACUCUGUACGUGUGCCAAGGUAUUUUGUAAAGGAUGAAGGCGGCGUCCAGCACGGCGCCUUGAGGGAAGAAGGAAUUGCUCUGAGUAACUUGGUUGAAAUUGUUUGACACACACACACACACACACACACACACUGUACGUUUACUGACCCGGUGCUGAGGUAUAGGAGCGACACACACACACACACACACACACAAGUACACGGUGUCACUCUAUAUUUUCUAUCUGUGCCUCAUAUUAGAGAGAGAGAGAGAGAGAGAGAGAGAGAGAGAGAGAGAGAGAGAGAGAGAGUGUGUGUGUGUACGUGUGUGUGUGACGCAAGUGGUGGUGUGACAAAGCUUUAAAGACAACGACAGUCGGCGAGUGUUUUGCUGGACCUUCAUAAUGGCCUUGUUAGUUUGUUAGUUAGUUCGUUCGUUUAUUCAGGAAGAUUAAUUAGUUAGCGAGUUUAGGUGUUUUGAUUAGGCGAGUGUUAUACCGCACCUGUGUUAGAACUGUUAGCAACACACACACACACACACACACACACACACACACACACACACACACACACACACACACACACUUCCUUUUUUUUGUUCUGUACUACUUUUUCUCUUAUUUAUCUUCUGCUUUAUUUUCUAGUUAUAACUGUUGCCUUUUCUCUUCUGUAGUUGUUGUACGAAUGUCUUAAUCUCAUAUCCGUGCUACCUCUCUGUUCUCUGUGUUGUUUUCCUUCGCUGUUUUCUAUUGAUUUCCAUGUAUAUUUUCUCUUAUUAUCUCGUCCCUAGCAUAAGUUGUUACGUUAGGUUCCUUCAUUUUCUUCGUGUAUUUUUUUUCUUUUUUAUAUUUUCUCCCGUUCCUUGUUUGUAUUCCUCAUGGUCAUUCACCUUCCACACACACACACACACACACACACACACACACACACACACACACACCUUGUCCUUGUAUCACUUUUAAUCAAUCAGUUAUUUAGAGGUAUACGCGAGCACAGGUGAGUCUGGCUGCACCGUCGGCUGUCGUUCUUUCCACUGGCAGAAUCUUCCAAUUGUAACUCAUUCCGUCCACUUGUUGUGAAUUAUGAGAGGGAGAAACACUUCUUUUUGUUCCACAGUUCAUAUAAUACCACAAGUUGUUCUGUAUACCUCUUUGGUGUUCCGUGAGAGGCAAAACUACUUACCUGCACCAUCAGUUGUCCUGCAGUUGUCUUUCCAUGGUCGUUAUAAUUAUCAUAUAUCUAUAUUUUUCUUUGGAUUUUUUUUUUUUAUUGUAUAUGUCAUCAGUUGUUUUGAGUGUGUGGAUGUGUUAAGCAGCUCAGCGAGGAGUGGUCUACGUAUAGCGCUGUAUAACAGACUCCUCGGCAUGACCACUCAGCAAAAUAAGUAUCUUCACACCUCCCAUUCACCCCGAACCACCACAUAACUGUACCGAAGCUCCAUAAACACAGUCACGCAGUCAGUCGGUAGUUGGUAGUCCGUUAGUUGACCAAUACUUAGCCAGCCAGUCAGUCCACACGUCAGUCACUCCAGACCAAGGGACGGAGCAAGAUCCUUAUUUCGCUGAGUGGUCUCCGUUGUCUCCUCCUCCGCCGCCUCCCGGGUAACGAAGUAGGUCCAGCCGUAGACAGCUUACCAUAGCGUUCUUAUUAUACGUAUUAUUGUGAAAGGAAAUAGCGAAGGAAAAGUGAAGUGCUAGCCUCAGUCUCAUUCCGUUACCCCUUCCUUCACCAGUAAAAUCUUUGGACGUGCUGUUAGAAGCUCCUCAGAAUCACAUUUCUCCUUUUGUUAUUCAUGUUCAAGACACGUUAUUUGAAGUUAUUAAGAAACUGGUAUCUCUUCUUCCCAUUUCCUUUUCAAUAUCCAACUUUCAGACAUCCCCUUUGAAGCGGUUCCGAAUUAAAUACUCUUUUUCCUAUUUCCUUUCGAUAACUAACGUUUCAACUGGUAUCUCUUCUUCCUAUUUCCUCUUCAAUAUCCAACCUCUGGACAUGCCCUUUGAAGCGGUUCCGAAUUAAAUACUCUUUUUCUUAUUUCCUUUCGAUAACUAACGUUUCAGACACUUCAAAGAUCAUCCAAAUACGCUUCACUAAACGUUAUUUGAAGUUAUUAAGAAACUGGUAUCUCUUCUUCCCAUUUCCUCUUCAAUAGCCAACCUCCACAUGCUAUUUUCAAGUAUUUCCGAAUUUAAUACACUAUAUCUUAUUUCCUUUCGAUAGCUAACGUUUCAGACGCUUCAAAGAUCAUCCAAAUACGCUUCACUAAACGGCCGGUUCAAUAACAAUAAAUACCUGGCUCAAAGCGAGGCUGGCGGGGGUGGAGGCGAAACUACCAUGGUGAAUUUAUAAGACUAUUCUAAUGAAAUGCCGUAGGUUAAAGACUGUGACCUCGAUGCAGAAAUAAAGGUGUGGCCGCAGUGAUAAAGA